CAAACCGACCGACAGCCGAGCGGAGAGCAAGAAGAAGCAGGAGCAGAGCAAGGGAAUGCCGUGCGUGGCCGACGAACGCUAUAUACACGGUGCCGAGCAACAAAUUGAGUCAGUAUCGCACAAACAACACUAACGGAAACAUCAACGUGAAAGCGAGACGGACGCCCUCCGUCCCGUUAUAUGCUGUGUCUGUCUGUCUGUGUGUUGAGAGUUAUACGUCGCGCACUCCAAAAAAAAAAUAAAAACUUUAACACUCACACACACACAAACACACUGACAUACACAGUAAGGUGGAAAAAAAAAUCAAAAAAAACAUCAGCUUCAGGUGCUAGAACAACAACAGUCAACGAAAGAGCGACAAAUUCAAAUCUCAAGAAGAGUAAGAUUAAGGCAAUGCAAAAGCAGUGAGAUCUUAAAGAAGAAUGAGAAGAAGAGGGUAAAAGGAGCCCCAAAAUUGAGGGAAGCUAGGGCCUUUUUGCACGACAUAACCUAUUAGCUGCAUAUUCAUGUUUUAUGAAAAAUAAUAUGUUAUUUUUAAACCUAAUAAUUUAAAGUUAAAUCUAUACUUAAUACGUAUAAGUUUUAAAGCUAGAGUUGCUCAGACAUCAAAACUCGAUAACUUCGAUCGUGCAGAAAGGCCUUGAAAGCAAAAGCUUUGAACAGAGUUAAAGAGAGCAAGAUCACAAUUCGACGGCUUAGAACCGUUACUUUGAGCGCAAGAGAGCAAAAAUUGCGAAAAGUUAUGCGAGGGCAGUGAGAGAUUGCCAGAAUGCAAUUAGUAAUCCGGGUACUUUGAACGCAGAAAGUUCGCGACAGCGCGGUCAAACAAAAUAACAAAAAAAAAGAAAGGCAGGACCAGAAUAGACAGGCACAGAUGUAUCCAAGAAAAAAAUUCAAAUAAAAACCCGUAAAAUAGUUCAAAUUCGACAAGCAGUGGAGUUGAAUGCUCUUCGUUCGUCGUCGUUGUCUCUUAAUAUAUAUAUAUAUAUAUAGUUACAAAAAAUAUAUAUAUAAAGAAAACAAGUGCAAGAAAAAAUACAGCGCCCAAUGCGGCCAAUGGAAAUGCCAAAGAAAAUGCAGCAGCAACAAAUUCGACAACAAAUGCAAAUUCUACUGCAACAAAAACAGCAGCAGCAGCAGCAGCAACUACAACACCAACAACAACAACAGCUACUGCAAUUCCCCGAUACAUAAGUCCACCGAAUUUCCGUCUUUGUCGCGCGCGUUCACACAUACACUUGUAAAUCAGACCAAACACACUUAUACACACACACACGAAGAGACACAUGCAUGUGCAUAAAUGGCAAUAUGGACGAACAGCAGCAGCAUUUGCGUUGUAUACCAGCACAGUGACACGCGCGUGCCAAAUAUUGCCGAUUUUAUCACACGAACAACAACAGCAACAACACCAACGGGACCAGCUAUUAACUAAAGGAGCCAUUACAACAACAACAACAACAACAACAACAACAACAGCAACCACUAUAAAAGCAACAACAAUAACAACGAACAUUGCUGGAAGGCGUCGCAAAAUAUCAAAAUGUCAAUUCAGAAGCUAAACGACACCACCAAUUCGGGCUAUGUGAGUUCCGAGGAGACAGACUCACUCCUAGUUAGCAGUUCGAAUCCAUCGAAAGGUGGCGGUCGGACGGCAUUGCUACGUCAGGUGAAAAGUAGCUCUACAAAUGGCCCAACGACGGGGGCAUCGACCUCAUCAUCGGGAUCGGUAUCGGGCGGAGGAUCCGGUUCCGGUGGUGGAUCAGCAUCUGGGUCCAAUUCCGCAGCAGGAGGAGCUGGGGCUUCCAAGCCAACAUUAAUGCGCCAGGAUCGCACUUCCACCUAUCUAACGAGUCCGCAACAAUCUCAGCAUGUCAGAAUGGGUUCUGAGGAGAGUAUGAGAGGUGGCAGUGGUGGUGCCACCGGGCAUGAUGAGGAUGUGGAACAGGGUCUAGUUCGAAGUAGCAUAGUGCCUGAUAUUGAAGUACAUGAAGAGGACCAAGAACAACAACAACAACAACAACAACACAGCCAGAUGGCGAUGACGACGACGACGGCGACGACCAAUAACCAACAGCAACAGCAACCGACCAUAUCAAUUAUGAAUUUAAGCCUAAAGCCUGGCGAUAGCCAUAGCCAUAGCUCCAGUCCGGGUAGUCAUCCAAAUUUGGGUACAUCAUCAUAUCAAAAUCUGGCAUCGAGCAUACCGCCCAGCGUACCAAGUCGCUGUAGGGCGUGCCGCAAUUGCAGCCGACGUGCUUCCACCACGCCCACCACGCUGAUCGAUCGUUCCGCCUCUCGCGACAGUGUGAAAAGUGCCUUCCAGCAGGGCAAUCUCAGUAGCUCCAUGGCCAUAUGCAUAUCGAAUUCGGCCCUGCCGCAACAACAGCAACAAUAUCAUCUGCAACAGCAGCAACACUAUCAAUUGCAACAGCAACAUUUACAACAACAACAUAUGCAGCAGCAGCAGCAGCAACAGCAACAGCAAGUACCGCCCGUUUUGAUAACUUCAUCGCCAACGAAUGGAUCAAGGAUAAUACGGCAAAGUUCACAGCCGGAAUCGAGUAGUACGGCAAUAUGUUGUGGUCCGCAUACCGCUUGCGUCGGCCACGCUCACUCGCAUUCGCAUACAGUACCGAAUGUCUCGCUAAAGCAAUUGCGCGAAAGUUCCGGCGAUGGAAUCGCGGGCAUUGCAGCCGACUCCCUGCGGAUCAAUGGGGGUAUGCGGCCCUUCAAGCAGGGCGUUCUUCUAAUGCCUCGCACCUUGUCCGAAAGCCGAAAAUUGCGCCUUCGAAGGGCCUUCACCGAGGCCACUAACGAAACGCUUCAAUGCUCCAAAAUGCUCCGCAAACCGGCGUCGACACUCUCAAUUCCUGGCUCGAUGAAAACACCUUCCAUUGCGAACCGGGAACAGAUCUCAUCUGGAUGCAACGAAGAAGCGGCCGAGGCACUAGUGGGUAUCCACUCAGACUACCCUAGGUAUGAAAUGUAUAUGGAAGAACGUGCUCUUACUGGCGGCAAUACGUCCAGGAAGCCAUCAACUAACUCGGCCAAACACAAACCCAAUGUGGGCUAUCGCCUGGGAAAGAGGAAAGCCCUCUUCGAGAAGCGCAAGCGGAUCAGCGAUUACGCCCUCGUCAUGGGCAUGUUCGGGAUCAUCGUGAUGGUAAUCGAAAACGAGCUGAGCAGUGCCGGUGUCUACACAAAGGCAUCGUUCUACUCGACAGCGUUAAAAACCUUAAUAUCUGUUUCGACUGUGAUUCUUUUAGGACUUAUAGUAGCUUACCAUGCUUUGGAAGUGCAGGUGAGAUUAUUCAUGAUAGAUAACUGCGCUGACGAUUGGAGGAUCGCAAUGACAUGGCAACGAAUUAGUCAAAUAGGGUUAGAACUUUUUAUAUGCGCUAUACAUCCAAUUCCUGGCGAAUACUAUUUCCAGUGGACGACGAAAUUGGCCAAUAAGAAUAAAACAAUUGGCACCGAAAUGGUGCCAUAUGACGUAGCUUUAUCAUUACCUAUGUUCCUUCGAUUAUAUUUAAUAUGCCGCGUAAUGCUGCUGCAUUCAAAGCUAUUCACAGACGCAUCAUCACGGAGCAUUGGCGCUCUCAAUAGGAUUAAUUUUAACACAAGAUUCGUUUUAAAAACUCUAAUGACAAUAUGCCCGGGAACGGUUCUAUUGGUAUUCAUGGUCUCGCUGUGGAUCAUCGCAUCCUGGACGCUACGUCAAUGCGAAAGGUUCCACGAUGAGGAGCACGCGAAUUUGCUUAACUCCAUGUGGCUAACGGCCAUCACAUUUCUGUGUGUCGGCUACGGCGACAUUGUGCCAAACACGUACUGUGGACGCGGUAUCACCCUCACCUGCGGCAUGGUGGGCGCCGGCUGUACGGCUCUACUUGUGGCCGUAGUUUCCCGGAAACUGGAGCUGACCCGUGCCGAGAAGCAUGUGCACAACUUCAUGAUGGACACGCAGUUGACCAAACGGCUGAAAAAUGCUGCGGCGAAUGUUCUGCGUGAAACUUGGCUCAUUUACAAACAUACAAGACUAGUAAAACGGGUUAAUCCCGGCCGUGUAAGAACCCACCAAAGAAAGUUCCUUCUAGCUAUAUAUGCGUUGCGAAAAGUUAAAAUGGAUCAGCGCAAACUAAUGGAUAAUGCCAAUACAAUAACUGAUAUGGCCAAGACACAAAACACGGUCUACGAGAUAAUAUCGGACAUGUCUAGCCGUCAGGAUGCCAUCGAGGAGCGUCUAACCAACCUAGAGGACAAAAUGCAGAGCAUACAAGAGCACAUGGAAAGCCUUCCAGACCUAUUGUCUCGAUGUCUGACCCAGCACCAGGAGCGGAUCGAGCAAAGGCGGAACUUUUUACAUCCAGAUACAGCUGCAGUUGCACCCAUUCAAGCGCCAACGCCCCAAUCGAUGUUCAAUGCAGCACCAAUGCUGUUUCCCCAUUCUAGAAGUGUUCCCUCAUCCAAUAACGCCGCUGCUACUUACCAUUGGCCAACAAGCCCUAUUUUGCCACCUAUAUCUAGUAGAACACCACAUUUAGUGCCUGAUACUCACAUGCCAUCAAAUGGAUCUGCAGUUAAUAGCUACGCAUCUUCCAACAAAUACGGCAGCUGAAUAUCAGAAAGAGAGCGCUCCAACUCCGUGAUUAACAUCGAGAUGCUAACAAUAAGGCCGGCGGAACGAUGCUGGCCAACAUCAUCAUCAUCAUCAACCGCACACCAAAGAUCAACAUUAACAUCAACAUCAAUGUCUACGUCAAAGUCUAAACCCGAAUUCGUAAUGGCCGAGACAGCGCUGAGGCAACGUGUCGUCCAAUCGCCGUCGUUAUCGCAAUCGCAAUCGAAAUCGAAAGCGAAAUUAUUAUCGUCACAAUCGCAGGAAUCACACAUUUUGCAUUCUAUAAGUGAUCGGGAAAGGGAAAUGGAAAUGGAAAGGGAGAUAAUACCAAUACCCGAAGAUGCCGAAUCGUUGGCAAAUACCAAUACGAAUAGCAACAGUUCGCCCGAUCAGCAGAAUGUGACGGCUAUAAUAGGUGGUGGUGGUGGUAUAGUACCGCCAUCGAGUUCAACGCCUGCAUUCACAGGGACAGGAAGUGGUAGUUCAAUGGCCGGAACCGUUGGCAUUGUCAAAUCGAUAACGAUGAAUGAAACGAUUACGACGGAGAGUGGCAAGCCGGCGAUUGCCUCGAAUAAGUUUACUAGGAAAAGAGAACGUGUAUGCAAUAAUAGUAGUUAAUAGUGUUAGUUAAUAGUGAUAGUAGUAAUAAUAGUGGUAAUAUAGUAAUAUUAGUAAUUCUACAAGUCGAAUUUCGAACUCGGCCUUUUGUAAAUAAGCCUCUUCGAGAUGAGAAAAAAAGUCAAAUGUUAGCAUAUACAUAUAAUAUAUACAUAAUACACACACACACACACACAUACACAUACACACAUCUACUAUAUAUAUAUAUCUAUAUAUGUCUUUGGAUAUAUGUAUAGCCCACAAAACCAAAAAUGAAAACUAAAACAAAAUGAAUAUAUGUAUACAUAUAUAUACAAUUUUUUUUUUCUAAGUUUUAGGCUAAACGUAUUUGUAAUAAUUCACCUUGGGCCAGGCCAGCCUGUACUUGCAUACUAAAACAAAAAACAUAUAACAAAACAUAGCAUAGAGUCUGUGUCUGUGUGUGUGUGUGUGUGUUUGUAAGUGUUUAUGAGAAUGGGAGUGUACAGGGCGAGCAUGAUUAGGAAAUAAGAGCCUAUAGGAAAUAGAUCAUAGGACAACAGCAUGUAGAAUCGAAGUAAACAAAACGAAUACGAAAAAAGCUCAGAAAGCAGAAAGAUAUAGCAAGAUAGACAAGCCCUAAGAAUCUGGCACCGUAAAUAUCUGUAUAACCCUUAUAUAGAACUGCAAAAUCCACAUAAGCCCCGUUUCAAAGAUCCCCUUCUUGGCACUUCCGUUUCUGGUGCAACCAACCAACAGCAAUACAUCCACGAACAUGGCUAAUUCUAGUGUCCGUCUGUCCAAAGUGUGUGUUUAAAUUAUAUAUAUAUGUCUCUGUAUCCGAAGGAUGUAUGUCUGACCUGACUGUAUGUGUGUGUGUGUGUGCAUGUAAGAGUGAGUGUGCAAAGAAGGCAAGUAGGAAAAGCAUACGAACAACCUAUUAAAACCCCAACAAUUAUAUACAAAACAAAGUAAAACAAAAAAAAAAAAAAAA